GGUCUGCGCCCCGCCUCUUAUUUCUCGCUCUCGGUCAAGGUGCCUUGUGGGGCUCUCCUCCCUCUGGCAAUCCCUUCCCUGCCUGAGGCCGACGGAAAGAUGUCACCAGUCAGUAAGAAGACAUUCACCCAUUCUUCUUCUUAAGGUGGACUAGAACUGAGUAAGAGGGAAUUCAAGGAUACCAUAGAAUAGAUGACCAUGACUCCUCCCUUUUCUUGUGGAUUGCUUUCAUGGGCCUUAAAUUCAGCGUGGUUCCUUGAUCACAAAUAAAUAAUCUUCACAUAAAAUUUUACAAGAUUAAAAACCUAGCCUAAUACUGCAGAAAUUGUGCUAGUUCACUUAAGAGACUACUACAGUGUAUGAAUUUUACAAGGACAAUGGAUACCAAGUUUCAAGAAGCAGAAGGAUUUGGGGAAGAAGCUUCAGGAAAGAAGAAGUCAAAGUUUAAAUCUAUUAAAAAGUUCUUUGGGAAAAGAAAAAGGAAAGAAACAUUAACAUCUUCAGGAAGUGAUAAUAUCAACACAUGUCAGUCCGCAAUUGAUAUCUCAGCCACACCAUCUAGGCAUAUAGAUUAUGAUUCUGAAGAUGAUCUGCAAAUGCACAGAACUAUCAUGGGAAACAGAGCUUUGUCACAUGACAGCAUUUUCAUUUCUGAGACUCCACAAGAACCACCUAGGCCAGUUCGAGUAUUUUCUCAGGAAAAUGUUUCUGACCGAAUUAGGACUUUGCAGGUGAAACUCCAGCAAAACUGGAAGAUGGGCCUCUCCUAUCCAUUUGGAACGCCUUCCAAAAAACAAGAAGAUGCAGGAAUGAGUUCAGAAGAUGAUGGCUUACCCAGGAGCCCACCAGAAACAUAUUUGCUACAAGAAAUUCUAAAUCCCAAUACACCAAAGUUUUCAGACUCUCACAAGCAUCAUAGCGCUUUGAGUUUAACUGGAACGGGCAGUGAAGAAGAAGAACAGGUUACAAAAAGUCCUUCAAGAUCCUGUUCUACAGAAAGUCAGCUGUUCUCCCAUCAGUCAAAAGCUAAAAUUAUAACCGAACAAACAUUUGAUAGCAGCUGUUUGCCUACUGCUGAUUUUGAUAUUCUUCCGGAAUUAUCCUCUUGCUUGGAUAAUUCUGCGGCUAAGCACAAGCUUUCAAUAAAACCACGGAACCAGAGAUCUAGUAAAAUAAGAAGACUACCUUUGAAGAAAUUAUCUGAGUCUCAGAAUGACAUGAUCUGCACCCUUGAGGAAGAUGAAAGUGUUGAAAAAGAAGUACUGGUUGAAGAGCUUUACAAAGCUGUGACUUCCAGCCCACAGGAACUGACUAACAAUGCAGCUUUGUCCAAUAUAGUUUUCUCCAAGUUUCAGCCUUUGAGUCACCCAGAUGAAAAGACUUACAUGUCACACUCCACUUCUCUGAUGGAGUCACAUUGUUCUGAGGACUCUUCAGAUGGCGGUGAAUCUAUUCAAGGAUCAGUACACAUUAUAAGGCAAUCUUCAACUUCUGACCCUAAAGAAAAUAUUGUUCCACUACAUGACAAAGAGCAUUGUGAAACUUUAGAGAUGUCCCCUAAGAAUUUAAGUACUGUGCCCUUAAGUAUUUUAGACCAAGAAAAUAAACAGAUUUCUGGUAUUCCAUCCAAAAGUGACACAGCAACUACUAAAAAUAUCCCUGCCAAAAAUUAUAUGACUGCGGAAUCAGAUGCAUCAGAGAAAAAACCAUUGAAAGAUGCUAAGGAAACUUUGGAAAGUGUUUCCAACAAGGAAGCUACGAAGAGAACAUCUUUAUUGGCCAAUUCUGUCAUUUCUUUAUCCACAAAUCCUUCCCAGCUUCCAAAUUUACUCCAUUCAGAGAACAGUGGUAUUUCUCGGGCUUCAUGCAGAAACUCUUCAUUGGAAGAGAGAACUUCUUUGAUUCAAGGCAAAGUGAAAGCAACUCAAGAGAAACUGGAAUCUAAUGAUGAAGAACGUCUCUCAGCUGUAUCUGAUAGUAUAUUGGGAGGUAAAACAGAGAAAGAAACCAAUGACCUUAGUGGCUUGAGAAAGUUUUCAGUGUCAUCAGCACGGUGGAGAUCAAGAUCUAACAGCCUGAACACUAAGGAGGCUUCAGAGCAUGAAAAGCCUCUUGCCAUGCAGGUAAAUUUCUCCACAAAGGGUGAAAAGACAAAGAAGGAUGUUGAGAUGAACUCUUCAAAAGAGAAAAACAGGUGCUUUAAUAAACAAAAAUCUUCAUUAGAAUCAGAAUCUGAUAUUCCUGGUCGAGCAUUAGACUCAAAGACUUUUGCCUCGCAGCCUUUGGGUUCAAAACCAGUAUUGAGCAACUCUUUUGGUAAUCUUCUGCAGCUGUCAAAUCCAAGCCAUUCAAGCUCUGAGAGCCAAAAUCCCUUCCAAGUCAAACUUAGGUCCACAUCUUUAUCGUUAAAAUACAGAGACAUUGGAAGGGAAUCAAAGGAAAGGAAAGGAGAUAAUGCUGAACUUAAUUUAGUAAAAGAAGAGGUGACUUCAUCUUCACCGAAAGUUGAAAAAGGAGAAAUCAGGAAGACAAUAGAUGGAAAUGUUACUCAUUUGUCCAAUGACAGCUUUAAAACUAAAUUAAAAUCCUCUGAACAGGGAAACACAAAACCUCCACUGCCGAGAAAACCUGCUUUGCAACACUCCAGUAUUACUAGCCUUAACACAAGCACAGAAAAGCAGGAAAAGAUAACCAAAUAUCCAGAACUUAAAACAGAAAGCAGAAAUGUGGAAAAGAAGCAGAAUCCCUCUGAAGUGCCUGAAACAAGUUUGUCUUCUCCUGUGACUGCUGCAGACUAUGGAAGACCAACUGAAAUGCCAGCUUGGAUUAGCAUAGCAAAGCAAAAGCAAAGGAUUGUUGAACAAGACCUUAGCAAAGAAGAGAAACCAGAAGGACAGGCUAAAGCAGAUGCAGAAAAACAAAUAAAAGAGAAGGAAACAAUGGAAGAAGCAGUAAGGCAACACUCAGAUUUGCCUCAGAACACAGUGUCAUCUUCCCCAUUCACAGCUUCUGCUGGAGAAACAAAGAAAGAGAUGAAGCUAGAAACACAAGACUCUUCACUAAGAAAUAGCUUAUCAUCCCAUCAGAACCCUGCUCAGCCAUCAUUGCCAAUUGAAAAAGAAGAUGUAAAGCCACUUAAGAAGGUUGGUCAUUCUCCAGAUCAACCCUCAUGGAUGGAACUUGCCAAAAAGAAAUCUCAAGCAUGGAGUGACAAGCCACAGAGGAUAAAAUAGAUAAAUAAUUUUGGACUUUUUUACGCAUCCACAUCAGCACUCAUCAGUGGUUCAAAUGUUUCAGUAAAACAAAAAUGUUGAGUUUUCAAGCUAAACUGGUUCAACUGAUAAGGAUAAUAAAACUAUAGUGCACCAAAGAGGCCACAAUGCAAGAGUAUCAGAAGAGUCACCACAUUUGUACAGUACUAUAGGACUAUUCUUGAAAAUAUCUGCAAGCAAUUUAGCUUUGGCAAGAAUUUAUUGAGAUGAAAAAUAUUGCUUAUUGUGUUUCCUUUCAUUUUUUUCACCCAUAAAAAGUUAUGCCAUGAAUAUAGUUAGAAGUUUAAUUAAAAUUAGAUAACUGUUCCUUUAAUGCAGUGAGAAUAAUUGUCCAAUCAAAAUGUCUCUUCUGAGAUAUAUCAUUGCAUCAGACUAGAAGAAAAAUAUAAUUUCA